GCUUCUAUCCAGUUUCUAUAGCAACCAACAACACAACCAAAAUUAGCUUUAAUCUUGAAGUUAAUAAGACAUUAGACAUACUUUAAGCUAAAACAACCAGUUGUUCUAGUUUCAAAUAACAAACUUUAGAACAAAACAGCUAGAAACUAGCAAGCAGUCGGUUAGAAGCUCUCGGAAGACAUUCAUCUGCGUAUGCGAUGUCCACCACCGGCGGAAGGGAAGAUGUUUUACGGCAGGUCAGCCAGUUUUGGUCCAUGUUGGACGAUCUCUCUGAAAACGACCCUGCAACAUACCGCAAGUUCAUAGAGGAACAAAUGAAGAGAGGAGCUGAAUUCAAUGCACCGCCUGAGCUCCACUCGUGUCUGCGAACGCAUAUCCUGGAACCAAAGCCAGGUUUGCUUUACAUUAACAUUUGCAGCUGGAAACGUGUGCCUGCACCUCAGGAUCUGAGCAGUUCUCUACCCUUGUGUGGAGGAAAACUAGAAACAUGCAGCACAGAGGACCAAUGUGGUGGGUGGUGUGCUGUCCUGGAUGUGGCACUAAAUCCUGCAGUGCUACAGAAGAGGAAGGAAGAUAAAGCAGACAUUAAUAAUAUCUAUAUGCUGGCCCUGAGCUUUGCCCAGCAACAGCAUGGGAUGUCAUUAUCUCAAGAGUACAGCAUCGUCAGCUGUAGCCCAAAAGGUAACCCAGAUGACUUACAAUGUCGGCUAGGCUUUCAGAAGCUGCUCAGCACCCCCAAACAACCAGAAACAGCCAGUCAGACUCCCACUUCCCUCCUACGACAGAUCUCCUGUCAACUGUCAGAAACACAAGAUGAAAACAGCACAGUGCAAAUUAUUUGCAGACCUGCGGAGCACAAAGAGAAGAAUUUGAUCCAGGUCAUUUCCAGCACUUUCCAGGGGCCUCAGGUGCCAGAGUAUCUGCUCGAGGUGAAGAGUGAUUCAGCAGGAGUUCCUUGCAGCAUGGAGCUGACAGUGGAGCUGCCAAAGGUUCGUUCCAUGUCAGAGUGCCAACUGAGAGUCUCCAAGGAGGAUGUUCUUCUGGAAGUGGAUGAUGUUUACUAUUUGCUCCUUGAGUUUCCAAAAACCGCAAAUGAGGACGCAGCCUCAGCCAUCUUCAACAAGAAGAAACGGAGACUUACACUGACAGUAGAUGUUCUGUGACCAAUUCAUUUUAGUGGAAAUGGGGUGGUUUUGCAGGGUCACACAUGCAAGGAGUGAACUCUCAUUAAAACACCUUAAAAAACUUAUAAAACAUAGUUAGAAUCAAGACCAAAAACUGUGUGGGAAGAUAUGCUCUGCCUCAAACUAAAAUCAAACAGUUUUUUCAAUUUUUCAGAAUGUUUUUGAGACAAAUGUGUAAAAUUGUACCAGUGUGGUACAUAGGCAGAUGUGCAACAACAAAUUUAAUUCCUAAUGCCCCUAUCCGCCACCCCCCCACCCUACCAAAAAAUAAGUGUAUUAACAUUAAUAACAAUCUGUUUGCUAUGUUCAGGAACAUGUGGGAGUGCAAGUGAAGGUAUUUAAUGACUACAUGGGAAAUAAUUGUCGGUAAAACGUUCAAUGCAAUAAUUUAUGUUUAUUAAAACAUCAAAAUUGAUGCAGAACACCAGACUUUUUGGCAAUGUGGAACUUUGUGAAAAAUGCAUUCAAUGCGCACAUUAAAACCUUUAUGAAAAAAUCAAACAUUUUUUUUUUUAAGUUUAAAGCUUUGAGUAUCACAUUACUGACUAUUAAUAUUCUAGUUGGACAUGUUCAUUUUCAAGCUGGAAACAAUGUGUAAUAUGCAAUUCUAUUAAAUAAAGCAGUACCCAAAUGUCAAGUCA